CCUUUUACUAUGUUGAUGCAUUGUAAUAUUAAAAGUUAUUGGAAAACUUUUGUUUAAUCAAAGAAGAAGUAAUCGAAAUUGAAAACCAUAAUGGCUUUUCAAUUGUUAAAAUUAGUGUUGACUGUUUUACAAUUUCAGUUGAUUUUAACUGAUCAUUGUAUUAAAAGGUAUUUCGAUCAAAAUUCAUUUGUUUGUGCUUGUGAUACUCGUUCAUGUCCAUCAAUACCGGGAACAACUCGACCUCCAAAGGGUUACAUCGACCAAUGGAUUUCCUCGAGUCAACAUCGUUUUAACUUUACUCAAAUCGACCUCGCGCGUUUAACAAAACCUUUAAAUCCUCCAACACUUGUGAUCACAUUGAAAUUGAAUGAUCGAAGGCAGACUAUACAUGGUUUUGGUGGGGCCUUCACUGAUGCCACACGACUAAAUUUACUCACGUUACCCAUGGCUUUGCAAGAUCAAAUAAUGAGAGAUUAUUUCUCAACCGAUGGAAUAGAUUAUUCAAUUGGUCGAGUUCCAAUUGCUGGAACUGAUUUCUCUGAUCGAGCUUAUACUUAUGAUGAUAACAAUGAUGAAGAAGAUUUAGAGUUGAAACACUUUGCAUUGCAACACGAAGAUACAAAUUUAAAGAUUCCAAUGAUUAAAAGAGCUUUAGAACUAAAAAAUGGUACAUUUAGAUUGAUUUGUAGUUCUUGGUCGUCACCAGGUUGGAUGAAAACCAAUGGCAAACUUGUUGGAGCUGGUUAUCUUAGAGGACUACCUGGUGGACGUUAUUAUAAAACUUGGGCCAAAUAUUUAAUUAAAUUCCUUGAUUCGUAUGCUGAAGAGGGAAUAAACUUUUGGGCAAUGACAACUCAAAAUGAGCCAGAUAUAGCGUUUGAAGUUUCGGACUUUUCCUUCCAAACACUCCUUUUUACACCAGAAAAUAUGCGAGAUUGGGUUAAAUACGACUUAGGACCUGAACUUGAAAAGUCUGGUUAUGGAAAAGAUAAACUCAAUUUGCUUCUUCUCGAUGACAACAGACAACUUCUUGUUAAUUGGACUCAAGUUAUUCUUACAGAUGAAACAGCUGCGUCCUUCAUCAACGGCAUUGCCUUCCAUUGGUAUAAGAUUAAUAAUGAACCACAUUAUGAUGAACUCAAUGUGGUUCAUAAUAACUUUCCGAAUCACUUUCUCAUUGCAACUGAAGCAUGCGAAGGUUAUCAAAGCUCAAGCGCCAUAAAAGCUCAACUUGGAAAUUGGACUCGAGCUGAAACUUAUGCCAAAGAUAUACUCGAAGAUCUUAAUCGUUAUACAACUGGCUGGGUUGAUUGGAAUCUAGUUCUCGACACAAAAGGGGGUCCUUCAACUGAUGGGAAUUCGGCUGAUGCUCUAAUACUUGUGGACACUGAUAAAAACGAGUAUUAUCGUAAUCCAAUGUUUUAUUCUUUUGGACAUUUCUCCAAGUUUAUCCCACCGGAUUCAGUUUACAUUGGCCAUCAAGUUCAAGGUAACUCUGCAGGAGUUUAUUUAGCAGCUUUUGAAGAUCCAAGUAACCAAAUGGUUAUUGUUAUCCUCAAUACAAAUGAUAAUCCAGUUGACCUGGUUAUUAAUAAAUUUGCUACAGUUCCAGUUUCAAUAACUUUGGAUGGACACUCAAUCCAAACAUUGAUAACUCCUUCCAGUAAUGUCAAUUAACUGUUAUUUUGCUGAAACAAAUUCAACAGUAAGCAAUCAAUAAAUUUUACUCUCUAUCUAUAAAAAAAAUGUAUCUUCUUGGUCUGUAAUAAAAAUAAAUCGU